AUGUCUGCCGCCUCGGAACAGAUGGAUGUCCCCGCCGCAUCUCACAGUGAUAUCGAUCUCAUCAAGGAAGACACAAUAACUGCCUCCGAUAAUGAUACCGCAGAACCCGAGCGCCCGGUGCGAAGAAAGCUCCAGGAAACGCGGAUAACGUCAGAGGGAAAUCCUUCUAUUCCUGACGAUGACGUUGAGAAUGACGAUCGGGGUCGUCUGAAGAAGAGGUCUCACGAUGACCUACAGGAAGGGACAAUAGAACAGCCAACUGAUAGCGGCCACCGCAGAAAGAGGUCGCGUGAUAUGAGCGAUGAUGAUAAUCUGAUUAAAAUUGAUGUUGAUCGGACCACCACCCCAGAGCCGACAACAAACAAGGACGAUGCCUCGGCGCAUAUCCUCAGUCCGAAGAAGAAGAGAAGCCUGGAUCAACUACAAGAGAACGGUGUCAGCGCACAGAGCGAGCAAAAAGCCAGUGUUCAAGAGAACGAGAAAGAGCGUGAAACGAAAAGACAUCGCGACGCUUCCCAGGACAGGCAAGCCGCUGUUAAGGAUGACGCAGCUCCAGUCAAGCCAUCUUUACCAAAGAGUUUCCUAAACACCUCUGCCGUUUCCCCCUUUGCAUCGUUAGGCUCCAAGUCAUCUGAAAGCGACCACACCAAACCACAAAGCACAUCCUCAUCCGCGUUUGCUGCUUCCGGUCUAGCAUCAUUCGCGAGUUCGGAACAGUCGCCCUUUGGGGCCUUGGGAGGAUCCACUCCUACAUCGUCAGUCUUUGGCAAAUCGACAACGACAACAUCAUCAGCCGAAAAGCCUGCCGGCACCGGCUUUAGCUUAACUUCUUCUUCUAGUGCUUCUCCAUUCGCCAAUACGGGCGUUUCUGGUUUCGCAUCUUUGGGAGGCUCUGGAUUUGGAAGCGGUUUCGGCAGUGGAGGAUUCGGUGGAAGCGGAGCAACGAAGCUGAGCAGCUUCGCUUCUGCUACCGGAUCAGGUUUGGGUGGUGCAACGACAGCAAAACCAUUUGGUGCGGAACGAGAUGAGGAGGACGAGGAAGAGGACGAGGAGAGCCACGUGAUAACGGCUGGUUUUGAGAAGGAGAAGGAAGACGAACGAUUCUAUGCACAGCAAAUCGAGACCGGUGAAGAAGAAGAAAAGACAUAUUUCUCCUGCAAAGCCAAACUAUUCCACUUCACAAACAAAGAAUGGAAAGAGCGAGGCGUGGGCACAUUCAAGGUCAAUGUCAAGGAGCCUCCAAGCAAUGCUGAUGACAACACGCCAAAGAGAAAGACCGCGCGUAUGAUUAUGCGUGCCGACGGAGUGUUGCGUGUUAUGCUCAAUUCGCCCAUUUUCAAGGGUAUGCCAGUCGGAGAAGUUUCGGGAGAAGAGCCCAAGGGGAAGCAGCUGAAUCUGGCAAGUGUUGAAGAUGGUAAAACUGUGCCUUUGCUACUCAGGGUCGGCAAUGCAGACUCUGCAAAGGAAUUAUACCACGUGAUAAUCGACCUCCAAAAGGAAUUAUGA